AUGGAUAAUAACAAUUGCAAGAGUAAUGAUAAUAAUAACGGUAAUGAAAACAAUGACAAUAAUUACAACUAAGAUUCAAUUUGUUAUGACAGUAUAAUAAUUGGAUCGAACAUCGAUAAAACAGAGAAAUCACGGAAAUUACAAAAAGUUAAUGACUCUUGUGAAUUAGUUGAGGUAACGACUGAUUGUGGGGGUACGCGUGAUGGUAUUGUUGCAGAACAUAUUCUCACGAAUGAACCCGAUACGGUUCUAACACAGAAUGAAGUUUUUGAAAGUGACAGUAAAAGUGCUAAUGAAAAUAAUUCCGUUGGAGAUAAUAAACAAAGCAUUACUUUAAAUCAAUCUGCCGAUGAAGAUAAGUUAAACUCUUUUGAUAGUGAGUCCUGUUCUUUUGACAUAAGUAGCUCUAUUGCACAUCGAUCUAAUCAUGGAAGCCCUCAACCUGAUGCCAUUCAAGCUAAUAAGUUUUUGGAAGAUGGAAUGAGGACGAAAAUUAAAAAUUGGGUUAUCGAUCAUAUUGCAAGCAUGGAUUUGUGCGUAGUACCAGCACUACUAAAGAUUCUUCGAAGCGGAGGACACACAGAUUUACCAUUGACUGCAAAUACACGACUUGGAUUGAAGCACUCCAUUCGGAGUGAAGUGCUUACAACAAAGAAUGAUUCCAUCGGUCAGUACCUGUAUCUAGGGAUAAAAAAUGGUUUAGAGAAACGCAUCACUACUGAUAUCUACAAAGAAAAUGAAAUAUGUGUCUUCUUUCAUAUUGAUGGAAUGACUCCUUACGUAAGCUCGAAUGGACAGUUGUGGCCGAUUUUAAUGAAUGUGUAUCAUGCGGCUUAUACAUCACGUGCUUACAUCAAAUGCAUUAAAGGACCCACAGGUUUCUAUGCAUGCGAGGGAUGCACAGUUCCUGGAGUGACUAUCAACAGAAGACGUGUAUACCCAGAAAUAAAUUAUCGGGAGCGUACUCAGACAACUUUUAUUCCUGGUGAAAAGGAGCAUCAACAUAGUGAUUGUAAAUCGCCUGUGCUGGAAAUACCAGGGUUCGACCCUAUACGAGAUGUGCACUUAGAAGUAAUGCAUUUGUUCCUGAAUAUUGUGAAGAGAUUACUUUCUCAAUGGAUCAAUCGAGACAGCAAGUACCGAAUAUCAUUGCAGAAAGUAAAAACUUUUCAAGACCUAUUGAAAGCAGUAUCUCCAUAUGUACCACAGGAAUUUCAGCGAAAACAAUUCAACAUUGAUCAGCACUCACGUUGGAAGGCAACUCAAUGUUUUUUCUUUUUAUUGUACAUUGGUCCAAUAGUUUUAAAAUUGGUUCUACCAGAAAGCGAAUAUGUCCAUUUUCUUCAUUUACACGUAGCCGCUCAAAUAUUAUGCAGUCGUGAAUUGGCUGUGAUACAUGACAUGCUAAACCUCUGGCUCAAAUAG